AUGGCGGACACGGAUCCAACUUUUUACCAACGCUUCUACCACGCAGCGCGCAUCGCCGGUCCCCCAGAUCUAGAAAAGGGAACGCAACGUUCAAAGUCCAACAUCUCACUGGAUGAAGAUACUUGGCUGGCUCGCGAGAAGCAGAAGCGUAGGAGGUCCUAUGUGCUUUGCGGGGUAGCCUUCUCCAUGGUUUUGAUUGUCGGUAUUGGGAUCGGGGCUUUGGUUGUCGUCGUUGGGAGGGGUGGUUCUGGGAAGUGAUUGAAGAGGAAGUGGAAGCGGAAUGGAAGGGGGGGAGUUUUGGGUGGCUGGCUGGCUAGCUUGUGGAUUGGGAAAUGCGACAUUUGAACAAAUACCUCUAUUCUCUCUUUUUUUUUUUCCGGGUAUUUCCUACAACUGAACUGGAAUGUUUGGAUACUCUGUGGCUGGUACCCAGUGGAAUUAUCAUACAACC